AUGUCCGGGGCUCUUGGUCGUUGUGCGUUUUCGUGCGGUCGUUGCUGUCAGGCUGCGUUUGUUUUUGGUGCUUGUGUGCAGGCAGGAUCUACUCUUCUGAAGAACUUUGGCGACGAGCUUCCCGAUCUUGACGAACGCUUCUUGAAUGGACGCAUCAACAACAAAGAAGAUCGUCCGUUCUUGGAGAGGGAGACAGUUGUGGACAAGGUUUUAGCUGAGCUGAACUACACGACCGGGUCACAAGGGUUGAAUAAGCCUAGGCUCGUUGCUCUUUGGAGCCCUAGGGGCACGGGCAAGACAUCGCUAGUUCGACAACUCGCACAAAGCAAGCAGUAUGCUGACAGCCGCAGAUAUGGACGGCUGCUGGUGUUCGAUGCACUGAUUCUACAGCAAUACUUGAGCACGGAUGCUGACAUGCUGGUGUCGGCCAUCAUCAUUUGGCAUCUUCUGCAGUUCUUCCACGACUACACUGUGGAAUUUGCGCCGGGGCAAAACGUCGUUUUUGAGCGCAGGGACUUUGGUCCUGUGUUGCAGCUUCUGAAACAGAGCCACUCGACUCCAACCCCAUCAGGUGACAGUGUUCUGUCGUGGAUGGCGUCCUGCUGUAAAAGCAGGGACGAUGUGCUUGACCAGUGGCUCUCAAUUACCGAACAAGCAUUAGCGGCGCCAAAAGACUGCCCUCGUCUUUUAUUCUUGGAUCAGGCAGAACUCCUUGCGAGCGCAAGCAGGGGGCAGAGCAGCAAGGGAGGAACCAAGUCAAGCCUUACGGACAUUUGUUCAAGGCUUCCCCAGCAGAUGGCCUGCUUCUGUACAGGCACACUGAACUUGAUAAAGGGUCGCCCGGCAAUCGAGUACACAACGCUUGUCGUCUGUGAAUUAGCAGCGCUUGCACCACUGUCUCGAGACGCUGCUGUCUUGGCCAUGAAGCAAUGGAACGGGACGCAGUAUGACGAGAAUGUGUUCAACCAGAUUGUGUUUUUCUCGGGUGGAGUUCCUCGACUGUUGCGGCAUGCUUUCGAGACGAGCGGAAUCUUCAAGUCAAAAGCAGCUACUGCGUUUAAUGCCAUGUCGAAGUGCUUCAAGGAGUCGUAUGGGUCUGCCGGACCUUGUUUUUCUCACCCAGCAGUUGCUUUAUCACUGGUUCUUUGCUCGGCCGUUCGGUGGCCGACAGCAGAUACCGAUCUUUAUAGUACUGUGCCUGGAACAUCUACAGCAUGGUCGGAUAUUUUCAACGCAGGAGCGGCAUUUCCAGCGAACAACUCUGUACAGGUUCCACGGGUUUGGUGGUGUUUUGACCAAGCGGUCCGCCAGCAGCUUAAGGGUGAGUUGAAGGCCUUGAACAUCCGUCUGGAUCGUCUCCUGCCAGACUCAUUGCAGCUGGUUGCGUCAAACAAUCGGGGGAACGUUGCGAGGGGAAAGCCGUGGGAAGAGCUGGUUGCACAUUCCCUAGCGGCACGGUUCCACCUUUAUUGCAUGCAACGCAACUGGACCGCCAACAACACCUGGGCUCCCUUCCUGGAGAUCUAUCCGACAGACAACGCACAUUUGAAAAUGGUCUUGGAACCAUUUGAGGUUUGCUGGAAGGAUGGGGUAUCGUACCCACAGAGUGAAGCCAGUGUCUCAGACGCUGCUGGACAUGCUAUUAUGUGCAAUGUUCCGUUUCGGAAUGCUCACCAUGACUUGUUGAUUCCCGUGAAGCGGGUGAAGUGUGGCACGUGUGAGUACAUUGCAGCCCAGUGUCGGUAUGGAGCCAAGAAAACUGCAAAGGACCUGAACGACACAAGCCAAGACAAGGCUAGAAAGCCGAAGAAGAACGAAGCCCGAGAUACCCUUCCGGACAUGCCAAACGUGCUUCUCCAAAUAUGUCUCAUUGACCGCAGUGACAUUCUGACGCGCUUCUACGUCAGGAACAAGACAACGAAGUGGCGUCCUUUCUCCGGAGCACUGUCUGCAGGAAAUGUGCUUUUGUCAGGUCCACAGCUCAAGAAGCCGAAGAAGACUCCAGGCCUCUUAGACUGCUUCGUGCAAGAGUUUCUGGAUGGAAGAAGACAGAGUGGUGAUGCUAUACGGGCCUUUGAUUGCCUCACUGCGACUUCGGACCGGGUCGACAUGAAGUGGAUUCUUUGCCAUGCUGCACAGAAGUGCUCGUAUCUGAAUCAGCUGGAGUUUGCGGAUUGGAUCAACAGGCUUCAGAUGGAUGCAUCCGACCCUCUGUCUGGCAAAGGCUGGGAAUUGCUAGUUGUAUUUGCCGUGCUGCAGUGGUGGGCAGGGCAAGACAUUCCUCCGACCCUCCCUUCGUGGCAGUCCUGA